AAAAAACAAAGCAAAAUAUUUUUAAAAAUAAAUUGAAGAAAAACUAAUAACAUAAGGUUUAUCAAAUAGAACUCAUAUAAAGAAAAGCUACAAGAGAAAAAAAAACUUUUUUUAAACAUGUCAACGUGGCACCAAAUGUCGAGAAAAGAAAACAAAGUAACAAACAACAAAAACUUAUAAAGUUUAAAAUUUUAAACGAUUACAAAGAUUUAAAAAUGAGACAGAAUAUUUGCUUUUUAAGUACUUCAUUAUUUAUUAUCGUUCUAUCGGCGCAUCUUAUUUCAGUGUUUGAUGGAAACCAUCAAGAUGUCGAUGUUUUUAUAGAAGAUUUGCAAAAUGAUCAAGAGGUUUUAUCGGGAAGUAAAAAAGAAACAAGUCAUCUUCACAUCUCUCAGCCAGUUGUUGAAGUUUUUGUAGUUGUUGAUAAAUAUGUUAUUGAAUUUCAUGGAAAUAGUUCUAUAAAAACCUACAUUAUGACCAUAAUGAAAAUGGUAUCUGAUAUCUACAGUGAUUCAAGCCUUGGUAUUGAAAUAAAAAUUAUUGUCUCCAGGAUUCUAGUUUUUCAUAAUGAUUCAUAUAAUUUUACUACCAAUCAUAAUGGUGAAAAGAUUCUUCAAAGCUUUUGUGAAUGGCAGUUGAACAACCAAGAAAUAAAUUCCAACAAUGAAAGCCUACAUGAUGUUAUAGUGCUUUUAACAAGAAAAGACAUAUGUAGCAAAUCAAAUCAGUCUUGUGGAACAAUUGGUUUUGCAUAUAAUGAAGGAGCUUGUACUAGAAAUCGCAAAUGUAUAUUAGUUGAAGAUACAGGAUUGAGUACAGCAUAUACAAUUGCUCAUGAAUUAGGUCAUAGUUUAGGUUUGACACAUGAUAACCUUGACAACAACUGUAUGUUUUCUUCAGUUGACCAACCUCAUAUUAUGGUAUCAAAAUGGCCCGUUCCUAUUCAACUACCCUUUAGGUGGUCCAGUUGUAGUAAGAAGCAAUUGAUUGAAUUUUUAUUUUCAUACAAAAGUUCAUGUCUCUGGAUAAAAAGCUCAUCUGAAAAUUGGUUGGAUGAAAAAGAUUUGUUACAUUUGUUACCUGGACAAAUUUAUGAUGCUAAUAAACAGUGCAAGCAUCAUUAUGGAACUUUGGCAGAGCACUGUACUCAUUUUAAGAAAACAAGUUUAAAAACUGAAACGUGUUCUCAAUUAUGGUGUCAAACUAAUGGAAGUUUUGAGUGUCUUUCCAAAGGUGAUCCUGCUGCAGCAGGGACAAAAUGCGCUGAUGGAAUGUUUUGUAUUGAUGGCCAAUGUAUCAAUAGCACAAGUACUUUAGAGCCUGUGAAUGGAGGUUGGAGUUCAGAAAACCAAUGGUCUGUAUGUAGUAGAUCUUGUGGAGUUGGGGUUUCUUAUACAGAGAUGUUAUGUAACAAUCCUAUACCAAAGAAUGGAGGAAGAUACUGUGUUGGUACAAGUCGUAAAUAUAAAACAUGUAACAUGAAGCCAUGUCCACUUAAUUCUGUGUCAUUUCGACUCCAACAGUGUUUGCAAUAUGGUAACAACUCAAUGAUAGAUGUCUACAAUCAAACUCAACCAUGUUCUUUGUUUUGUAGAAACAUAAACAUUCCAAACAAUGAUUCCAUUAUGUUUCAAGUAAAAGUUCUUGAUGGAACCCCAUGUCACCAAGAUUUCUUUGAUUUUAUGAGAUAUACAGAUUACAAUGAAGAAAUGAAUGGAAUUUGUGUUGAAGGUCAGUGCAAAAAGUUAGGAUGCGAUAAGCAGUUGGAUUCAGAAAUACAUAUGGAUUCUUGUGGUGUCUGUGGAGGGAUUGGAGAUUCAUGUAGAGUUUUUGAAGGAGAGUUUAAUCAGCCAUUUGGUAGAGGUUAUGUUGAUGUGGCAAAUAUUCCACAAGGUGCAAUGAAUUUGUUAGUUUGGGAAAAAAAGCCAUGUGCAAGUUUCUUAGCUUUAAAGAGCGAACAUGAAACAUUUAGUAUUAACAACCAUGGUGUUAUUGAGUUGGCUGGAAAAUACAAUUUUAAUAAAACUGUAGUUUAUUAUUUGAGAAAAUCCACCCAAGAAUUCUUUUACACUGUUGGACCAACACCAGUCAAAAUAAAAAUAAUGGUUUUGUUUCAAGACUUUAACUUUGGUGUUAAGUAUCGUUACACUCUUCCUUUAAAUAUCAAAUUCAAAAAUGAAACUAAAAAGCGAGGUCUUUAUGGAUGGAUGGAAGGUGAUUGGGAGAAAUGCUCUGCUCUUUGUGGUGGAGGUGUGAUGCAUCAAGAAAAACCAAAAUGUGUUUAUAUGCACGAAGGUUAUGUACAUGUGGUUGAUAAAGAAAAAUGUUCUGGUGCUAAAUUACCUCAAAUAAUUACAAAAAGUUGUAAUGAGCAAGAAUGUGAAAAAAGUUGGUUCGUAUCUGAUUGGAGUCAUUGUAGUGCUGCUUGUGGCUUUGGUCGAAUGAGGCGGUUAGUAACAUGUAAUAAACGAUUUGGAAAUGGCACUUGGACCAGACAGCCUUUAAUAAAAUGCCUAUCUAUGAAAAGGCCACCAUCAGUUCAGAAAUGUUUUGAAAAACCAUGUGAAUCUAGUUGGAUAAUUUCUCAGUGGUCUAAGUGUUAUGGACCGUGCUUCCAAGUCGGAAUUAUGGUUCGAAAUGUCACUUGUCCCGCUUCAAACACAUGCAGCGAAAUAGAAAAACCUUCAACAACAACUACUUGCAUUAAUUCUUGUGCGCGGUUUUAAUGAAAUAAUCUGUGUGUGUAUAUAAAAUGUUUUUUUGUUGUUGUUAUUUUUGUUUUUAUUGUUUAUGACGCUUUAUAUACAUAUCUCAUUUCAUAAUCUAAUUGGAAUACCCUAAAAUAUUUUUCUAUAAAAUGUAAAAAAUCUAUAAAAUGUAAAAAAAAUUAUAAAAAUAUACAUUAUAAAACCUAUUGUAUAAAAAAAACUAUUUUGAAAGCUUUGAGCUUCUCGGGGGCUUUGGCCUUUUGGUUUUUAUAAUUUUUGGACGAGAAAAUUUAUUCGUGCUAGUUGAAUAAGAAUUCACAGAA